CGUACAGUUACUCUACCUCCAACCCACCAUCUCCAACACAUUUUGAUUCUCGAGACAUCACCUGUUGUUGGCGCUCACUCGUCAUAUCUGCCACUUACAACGCAUGCCUAUAUAAGAGACGAUGCUUAUUUGAUUCUCGCCACAUAUAGAGGGACGUUUAUAGCACCAAAUAGGUGUCCAAAAGGGAUUCAAGAUGUUAGACGGAUUGUUCAUCCUGCUCGUGCUGAGCGUGGUGAUGGCAGUAGCCUCGUUCCUAGCAGGAGCAUUGCCUUUGUCCAUGAGCCUGUCUCAGUCACAAUUGCGACUACUAUCGGCAAUCGGAAUGGGAGUCCUCGUUGGAACCUCCCUGGUAGUAAUUAUCCCAGAGGGAAUCGAAGCCGUCUACGCCUCCUCAAUACCAAUCCACACAAACGGCGCAAGGGCACCCACCCUCACCCCCCGAACCUUCGAUAACCCAACCUUCUACGAAGCCGCCAGCGCCCUCCCAGGCCUCGUAAUCCCGGACGACAUUAGCAUCUUCGAGCGCCGCGCCGACACCGACCCCAUCGCUGACACCGUGCACCCCCCUCCGGGCCCAGUCGUGCCUGAAUCUUCAAACCUCGAAGACUUCCCCACAAUCCACAACGACGACACCCCCAUCAGCAGCAGCAGCGCCUCCACCACCCACCCCUCCUCCUCCACCAACCACACAGCUGAACGCUCCUCACCAUUCUACAUAGGCCUCUCCCUAAUCACCGGCUUCAUCCUCAUGUUCCUCAUUGACAAGCUCCCCCGCCACGCCUCCUCGACCCUCCAAUCCCCUCCCCCCCGCCACAUCAGCCUGAACAACCUCUCCGACACCUCCCCCACCGACCCAAUCUCCAGCGACUCCUUCCUCCACUCCCUCGCCCCCUCCCCCAAACAAACCCGCAACUUCGCCACCACAACCGGGCUGGUCAUCCACGCUGCCGCUGACGGCAUCGCCAUGGGCGCCUCGGCCACCUCCUCAAACACUGAAUUGGGGUUUAUUAUCUUCCUCGCGAUAAUGCUACAUAAAGCGCCCGCGGCGUUCGGACUCACCUCUGUCCUCCUCAAACAAGGGCUCUCCAAACGCGCCGCGCGGGGGCAUUUAAUCAUCUUCUCCCUCGCCGCCCCCAUCGGCGCUCUGACCACUUGGCUCUUAGUUAAUAUUGCGGGCGGGGCGGGGAUGGAGGGCGAAAAGGGGCAGUGGUGGACGGGGAUGCUGUUGUUGUUUUCGGCGGGCACGUUUUUGUAUGUUGCUAUGCACGCGAUGCAAGACGAUGCCGCGCAGCAUGAUAACUCCUCCUCGAGCCCGAACGGAUUCGGGGAGGGCGGCGGCGGAGGGGGGUUGCCGAGGAAGGGAACGAAGCCCGUACUGAGGGAUACGCUGGCGAGUGUGGUGGGGAUGUUGAUUCCGUUGGUGACGCAGGUUGGGCAUCAUCAUUAGGGGGUGUUGUUGCGGUUUUAUUUAUGUAGAUAGUGUGUUUUGGGAGUUUGGGGAGCUUGGAUGUCCUAGACUGGACGGGGUGGGUUUGAAAAGUUGCCAUGAAAGGGGGGUAGCAGCGUGUAUUGUAGCUGGUUAUGGUAUCUGUUGUUACUGCUGCCGCUGUUGUUUGUGCUGGUGCCCCGUUUAAAUGGAACUUCUUCACACAUCACACAUCGUAUAUGCAGUUUUUAUGACUUUGUGCCCUGCGUGGCUACAGUUCCGUCACUCUAUUCCCUAGUGUUGUCACGGUGUACAUGCGACG